AUGAUAAUCAAAGGUGGCAAUAUAGCCUGGGCUAAUAUGGGCGAUGCAAAUGCUAGCAUACCCACUCCUGAGCCGGUCAUAUCAAGACCUAUGUUUGGUGCGUUUGGAAAGGCCGGAAGUGAAAACUCUGUUGCAUUUGUCAGCAAGGCUGCUUUGAGAAACGGUCUAAAAGAAACAUAUGGACUCAAGAAGAGAGUUGUAGCACUAUCAAACGUGAGACAGCUCACAAAAUUCGACAUGAAACUGAACGAUGCGCUUCCGAACAUCACUGUGGAUCCGGAGACGUAUGUUGUCACAGCAAACGGUGAAGUGCUUUCUUGUGCACCAGCCAAUUCAGUCCCUCUCUCCCGGAACUAUUUCCUCUUUUAA